AAUCAGUCCCCCAUCCUUCCUCCUCGUCGUCGCGGAGGAGUUGGAAAAAUCCACAUCCAUGGCUACCUUCUCCACGGAGACCCACCACGCCGACGGAUUAAUCAUCAGCCGCACCUACAGCUUCGCCCGCCUCGGUCGCUACCUCAACGCUCUCCUCCUCUUCCUCUACCGCCUCUCUGCCUUCCACAUCACUCCCUUCCUCCUCCACCUCUGCUAUUUCCUCUCUCUCACCUUCCUCGGCUCCCUCCUCCUCGCCCUCCUCAAGCCCAGCGACCCCGCCUUCUCCCCUCGCUACCUCGACAUGCUCUUCAUGUCCGCCUCCGCCAUCACCGUGUCCUGCCUCGGCGUCGUCGAGAUGGAGAGAUUCUCCAGCGCACAGGUCGUCGUUCUCAUGCUUCUUAUGUUCCUCGGUGGCGAUGUCUUCGUCUCCCUCCUCGCCCUCCUCCUUAGAAAAGUCAAGCCGAAGGCGAACUCAUCGAGGAGCGUUGAGAUCGAGGCCGGCCGCAUCCCCGACGACGACGCCGUCGUCGAUCGUUCCGAGGCAGGGAUGAACAUCGACCCCUCAGUCGCGGAUGUUGAAUCGAAGACCUAUACGUGUUUGCUAAUUUACGUAAUCUCCGGCUACAUUGCGACUUUUCACGUGCUCGGCACGGCGUCGCUGUUGGCCUACUUUGCCGGCGUUUCGAGGGCACGAGGCGUCUUAAAGACGAAGGGUAUCAAUCUCUUCCUAUUUUCCCUGUGCACGACUGUUUCAUCCUUCGCCAACGGGGGUUUUGUCCCUACAAGCGAGAACAUGGUGGUGUUCAACCGGGACCCUGUGGUGCUGCUGCUGAUGACGGUCCUGGCACUCGUCGGCAACACUCUAUUUCCGCUGUUCUUAAGGUCGGCGAUCUGGGCCUCCAGCAAACUCACUAGGAGAGCAGAGUUCGGCAGCAUGUUAAAGAGCUCGGGAAAUGAAGCUCGACUCAGGCCUCUUCUCCCGAAGUCGCAGACUUCGAUGCAGUCUCUGACCGCUGUCGGGCUGCUGAUGGCCGUGGUGGUUCUGUUCUGCGCGAUGGACUGGAACGGCGUCGUAUUCGAUGGCUUGAACUCCUUUCAGAAAUUAUCCAGCGCGUGGUUCAUCGUGGUGAACUCAAGGCACGCCGGGGAAAACUCCGUCGAUUGCUCCCUCAUCUCCCCUGCUGUGCUCGUCUUCCUCACCGUUAUGAUGUACCUUCCCUCUUCCGCGUCGUUCACUUCGGCUCGCGAGGAUGAUUCGAACCCCGAGGGGAAAAACUCGUGGUUGCAAAGCCUAAUUUUUCCACAAUUAUCUUGGAUUUUCAUCUCCGUAGUUGCAGUAUGCAUUACAGAGAGGAGGAAGAUGUCCGGAGAUUCGCUCAACUUUAGCACAUUGAACAUCAUUUUCGAAGUGACGAGUGGCUAUGGAAAUGUGGGGUUGUCAACUGGCUACAGUUGCUCAAGGUUGCAAAAGCUCAAUCCAGGAGCAAGCUGUGAGGACAAACCCUAUUCACUGUCAGGAUGGUUCAGUGAUGAGGGCAAGCUUAUCUUGAUUCUUGUCAUGCUCUAUGGAAGGUUGAAGAAAUUCAGUGCAGGAUGUGGUAAAUCCUGGAAGCUAUAUUGAGGGACACAAAAUUAUUACUCUGAAUACGAUUAAUUAGCUAAAUGAGAAGAUUAGAUUCUAUAUGUAACGAAAUUGUGUAAUUAAAAGCUUAUCUUUUUUAAUACGACUGAUUGCUGUAAUAUUUUUAUGAGAAUUUUUUAU